CCAAGAAUUGGGCGAAUUAUUGCCACGAAUGACCGUUUUUUCUUCUUCUUAAAAGUGCCUUCUCUCUCUCCGCGUUGAAAGGCGAGCGUCCGACUGCACGUUUCAGGAAUCCCGUGAUUUACCACCUCGUUGAACACAUCACAUACGGGAUGUUUCACAGACUGAUUACCUCUGAUUAUCAAGAGUCUGUGCAAAAGAAUUCCCAGCAUGCAGUGGCUUUCACAUCUCUACUAAUACUUGCUUUGGUCAGAAAAGGAGUUCCAUGACGCUGCAAAGAGGAACGAGCCGGACAAAAUGCAGGAGCUGAUCAGGAAGGGUGUGGACGUCAAGGCCAAAAAUAAACUCAACCGCAAAGCGCUGCACUGGGCAGCGGGAGCCGGGAACGAACAGGCUCUCCGUCUCCUGCUGGACCACGACACCGACGUUGAUGAGAGGGACACUUUUGGCAUGAACGCUCUGCUUCUCGCCUCCUGGUUCGGUCACCUAAAGGUCCUGCAGAUCCUGGUGUCCUGUGGGGCGAAGCUCAACUGUGAAAACAAAGAUGGUCUAAGCAUGCUGCACUGUGCUGCCCAGCGAGGCCACAUCCGAGUAUUGGAGUUCAUCAUGGAGGACCUGGAAGGCGUCCGCCUCGACAGAGUUGACAGGUCAGGGAAGACGGCUCUUCACCUGGCUGCUGAACAUGGACAAUUUGAAGUGGUGGAGUUUCUGAUUGGAAUGGGCUGCACGCAUGGUUUGAAGGACAAGGAAGAAAACACAGCCGUGCAUCUGGCAGCCAAGUGCGGGAACACAGAGGUCCUGCAGAAGAUGGUGGAGACUGGAGUCGGCGUCGACGAGAGAAAUAUAGACGGUCUCACUGCAUUGCACCUGGCAGCUGAUGGAGGUCACUACGAAUGUGUCAAACUGCUGCUGGAGUCCGGCUGCAAUGCCAACGCACAAACGAAUAAGAAUAUGAAUGCUCUCCAUUACGUGGCUCUGCAUGGCUUUGACCGGGAAGCCAGUUUGCUGCUGGAGGCCGGAAUCAACAGAGACGCUGUAGACAAUCAACACAACACAGCGCUCCACUUGGCUGUGUUCAACAACCACACCAAGGUUUUACGGCUGCUCAUCGAUGCCGACUGCGACCUGGACAUCACGGACAGUAGACAACAGACUGCUUUGCACAUCGCGGCAGAGCACGGCUGGCAGGGCCUGGCUGAGAUGAUGCUGAUCUCUGGCGUUGACCUCAAUCUGACCGACAAGCAGGGGAAAAGGUGUCUGGAGGUGGCAGCCAGAGGAAACCACGUCAUCCUGGUCGACAUGAUCAUCAAAGCUGACCGUUUCUAUAAAUGGGAGAAGGAUCAGAUGGGCAGCGAGCAGGACUCCUGGGUGGGGAGACCGCUUAGCUUCAAGCAGGAUCACCAGCCAGAGACCCAGCACCUCCGGUCCGUCCUGUGGAGCCUGGCGACCAAGCACCUCUGCCGUGGCGAGUGGAAGAUCCUGGCGCAGCACUGGGACUUCAGCAACGCACAGAUACGAGCUUUAGAACAACAGUGGACCGGUAUGAAAAGCUUCAAAGAGCAUGGCCACCGAAUGCUGCUGAUCUGGUUCCAUGGAGUCGUGAUGGCGGGGGAGAACCCGAUCAAGGGCCUCUAUGAGGGGCUGGUGGAAAUCUCACGGACAGACUUGGCAGAGUGCAUCCGACAGAAGGCAAACGCAGAGACCAGCUCUCCCAAAAUGUGCUCUGCAAUGUGAUCAACGCUGUGUGACCUAUUUCAACAGCGCUGUAGAAAGGUCUGGCUCUGCACAUUAGCAUUCUGGUAUCUGUUUUAUACGUCUUUUAAAUCAAUUACAAUUGUCUUGGGCGGCGGUGUGAAGCACAGGAUCCAGCGGCGAUGCCCUUCAAUGGUAGGCUGAUACACACGGUCCACAAGUCAAACCACAAAGGCAACACAACAAAUCCAAGACUUCAGUUCACCUAUAGGCUCUUUAACUGUAAAUGCCCAUGAAAAAAAGCGUUUUAUCAUCCGUGGCAUUACCUGUUUGCAUAGUCACACACUGAUUUUAGUUCACAGAAAAUGUAUUUUAAGGUUCGUGAAAAAGUAAAAAGUACCUGGUGAAAAUGAAAAAUAACAUUUCUUGUUUUGUUUGUUUUAAUACAUGCAGUAACACCUGCUGGCACUACUCAUACUGUACUGUUGCUUUGUACACAAAGGGCUUUUCAUCACAUUAUGACAAGUCGUCAUUCAGCUAACGAUGAUUUAAUGCUUCCGCCUGCAAAUGUUUCUCAAAGUUCCUCCUCCUUAAAGCGGCAUUCAGUGAUUUAGGCAGGGCAAAGGCUCCAAAACACCCCCCAAAAAAUAGUUGUUAUGGCUGAUAUGUUACAUUAGCAAAAAGUUGCCCUCUUACAUGUCCAGCAGUCCCUGACGGACAACUGAUACUCUGCUGGUCUGAGCUUGUUGGGGAAGGACUGACCAGAGUGACGAGGAAGGAGAUCGGAGUCACACUUGAAAAACAUUGGCAAUCUUUGUUUGUGUCAAUGAAUAAAAGCACAAAAGUGCUGACUAAUUUACAGGUUUUAAGGACUCAUUCCUGCAGCACUCAUAGCAAUACAUAGUAUUAAUAAUUAUAGCUGCAUGUCUUAUUCUAAAUAUUUAUUUCAGAAAGUCUGCUUCAUGACCCUUUCAUUUCUGCCACUGCCCUCACACCUCUCAUGAUAACAUGCCCCAAGCAAGCUCAGCAACUGCUCAUAGAUUGAAGCAGCUAGCACCUGUUAGCCAGAACAAUUAUAAUAAUGCUACAAUGAUUAGCACAAAACACAGACACACAGUAAACAAUUAUUCACUUUGCUUAACAAGGCUGGACAUGUUCUCUAUCGGGCCUGCUAGAUGGGGUGGUACUGUCAUUGAGCGUACUCAAUGACAUUCUGCAUUGUUCUUGCUAGCUAGCAACAGCGAGCUAGCUAAAUGUCUUAGCAGUUGCUGAGCCUGCUGGCUAAGAGGCAGGAGUAAUGUGAGUUA